AUGGCGUCUGUAGCUUCUUCAACUACUCUCAUCUCCUCCCCUAGGGUUUUCCCUGCCAAGUCUUCGUCGCUUGCAUCCCCUCCCUCCGUCUCUUUCCUUCGAAACGUAUCUUCUCCUUCCGCAUCGGCUGCUCUCCGGUCUGGGUUUGCUCAACGCUCUUCCCUCAGCUCAGUCCGCUCCAAUUCUCGCAGGAGCUUCGCUGUCAAGGCCCUGGGCGAUGAUCUUCCAUUGGUUGGAAACAAGGCACCUGAUUUUGAGGCGGAGGCUGUGUUCGAUCAGGAGUUCAUCAAGGUUAAGCUCUCUGAGUACAUUGGGAAGAAGUAUGUGAUUCUCUUCUUCUACCCAUUGGAUUUCACUUUCGUCUGCCCAACAGAGAUUACUGCCUUCAGUGACCGACAUGAAGAGUUUGCGAAGUUGAACACUGAAAUAUUAGGUGUCUCUGUCGAUAGUGUGUUCUCGCAUCUUGCGUGGGUCCAAACAGACAGAAAAUCUGGAGGGCUUGGUGAUCUCAACUAUCCCCUUAUAUCAGAUGUCACUAAAUCAAUCUCAAAAUCUUUUGGAGUGCUCAUCCAUGACCAGGGAAUAGCACUGAGAGGGCUUUUCAUUAUUGACAAGGAAGGAGUGAUCCAACAUUCCACCAUCAACAAUCUUGGCAUUGGACGUAGCGUUGAUGAGACUAUGAGAACUCUCCAGGCCUUACAGUACAUUCAGGAAAACCCCGAUGAGGUCUGUCCGGCGGGAUGGAAACCAGGUGAGAAGUCGAUGAAACCCGACCCCAAGCUCAGCAAAGAGUACUUCUCUGCUAUUUAG